AUGGCUGACGAGGGCGCAUCACCCCGCGAGCUCAUCGUGGAAGCCUGCCGCCGGGACCAGCCGCACUUGAUUGAGCAAGUGCUGAGCGAAAUGGAAGACAAGACAAAUGAGCAAGUGGCACAAUUCUUCAAUGAGGUCACGGAUCCCAUGGGGAACCACGCAUUGCACAUCUGUGCCCAAUACGGAAGCUGUAUAGUUUGCCACAUCCAGGAGUAUCUCCAAGCUGCCUCGACAAUUACUGACGCCCCUCUUAUAGAUGACGCCAUGGACGCGUUGUUCGACAUCCAGUUUUUCGAAUGCGACCCCCUGACUCGCCUGGACAAAGAUACCCCCCUACACAUUGCGGUGCGGUACGCCAAUGACAAAGACAAAGAACUGGGCGCACACAUGAUCAGCAUGAUGUGUGAGGCUGGCUGUGAUCCCCGCGUGCGCAAUAAGCAUGGCCAGAAGCCAGCGGAUUUGGUGUUCAACAAUGAUGAGAUUAAGAAGACUCUCCAGCAGACGGAGUAUAUCAUGGCUGAGGGUAUUCAAACCAAUAAUGGGGACUCGGAUGAUGGCGAACCAAGCGAUAGCGAUUAG